AUGUGCCCAUCACAUUGCCGUGUGGGGCCUAGUUCAAACCUGAAGAUAGCACAUGCAGGUGACCGAUGGUCAAACACAAAUAAAGUCGACCUUCCCUCUCAGUGUUUUCUACAUUCCACUCCUACAUUCCACUCCUACAUCUCACACCUACCUAAAUCAACAUCAUCCAACUCUCUGUUCAUUCGCUUGAAAUCUCGCACACUAGCUUCGUACUGCAAACCAAAUACCAAACCAUCAGUCCUCAAGUCGACCAUCGUCAAAAUGGUUGCGAUUUCUAAGCUCUCUGUUGUUGCUGCGGCGAUGAGCAUCACUGUCCCAGUCUCUGCCAAUGACCUUCUCGUGGCGAAUGCCAAUGGGGUUGGAUUACAGGCCCGACAUGAUCCCGAGACUGUCACGGUCACGGUGACUCCGGACUCUUGCCUCCAUUGCGCUCAUGAGACGUCCGCUCCACCUACGGCCCCGAUCGCCAGCUCUGAUAUUCCUGCAGAGUCCACCUCGGAGCCGUUCCCUCUCCCUCCUUCGGGCAUCCAUUCCUCUACUCCUUCCGGCGGCGAUUACUCAGGCACCAUUAGCACCAGCAUGACGGCAUCUGCUCCGUCCUCCAUUCAUCAUGCCACUACGAGCACCGGCCACAAUGAGAGCACUUCUUCUGUGCCGUCCAAGACCACGGUACCUGCUGAAACCAACAAGGCUGCUGGAAAGGUCAUCAACGGUGGAGUCCUUGGAUUUGUUGCUGGUCUUGUGAUGGUAAUGGCCUAAUCAAAUCAUAACUCAUCCCUGACGACACACCUCCCUACUCCACUACGCCGGAUGGCAUCCCAUAGCUGAUCGCGCAU